CUGGAGCAGGGCUGGGCUAGACGGGCGCGCUCUCGGGGGCGGGGAGGGGGGGCAGUCCCGGUCCUGGCCUUCCGCGCGGGUGGGCUCGGAGCAGGCCGCGCCGGGCAGCAACCCCAUUCUCACCCCGGAGGCCCCCUGCCCUUUCUCCCCCUUUCCCCCCGGCCCAUGGUGCGAGGCUGGGAGCCGCCGCCCGGGCUGGACUGCGCUAUCUCUGAAGGGCACAAAUCAGAAAGCACCAUGCCUCCUAAUAAAGAGGCCAGCAGCCUUAAUAGCUCCCCUGCGGGCCUCAUCUGCCUCCCUCCAAUCUCUGAGGAACUACAGCUUGUGUGGACCCAAGCAGCCCAGACCAGUGAGCUGGACAGCAAUGAACACUUGCUCCAAACCUUCAGCUACUUCCCCUAUCCCAGUUUAGCAGACAUUGCCCUUCUUUGCCUACGCUAUGGGCUGCAGAUGGAGAAAGUCAAGACUUGGUUCAUGGCCCAGCGCCUUCGCUGUGGCAUUAGCUGGUCAUCUGAAGAAAUUGAAGAGACUCGAGCCCGAGUAGUCUACCAUCGGGACCAACUCCAUUUCAAAUCCCUUCUCUCUUUUACUCAUCAUGCAGGGCGGCCCCCAGAGGAAGUGCCUCCUUCUCCUGUGCCACCUCCGGAACAAGUUGGUCUUGGAAUAGUGCCCCUGACUCUUAGCGAGCCCACCCAGAUGAAAGGAUUGAAGGUAGAGCCUGAGGAGCCACUGAAUCACCAGAAAGCAAAGGAGACCCUGAUGGUACCUGGCAGUGGAGCAUUCCCCCAUCAAUCGCAAUUUUGGCAGGAUCAUCAAUGCAGUGGCCUCUCCAAGGAGCAGGCAGGCAGGUGUCCCGACCAGUCACACAGCCUAGGUACUGCUUCCUGGAACCAUGCCACAGCUGUCCACCAGCCCCGUGCUCGGGAUAAGCCCGAAUCCAUCUCAUUACUUGCCAGUAGUUGUAAGAAGGAGUCAGCAUCUAAUGUGACUCCUCCUUCCUCUACCUCUUUCCAGGGACUGGCUAAUGGAGCUCCUGCCACCUCUAAGUCCCUCCAGCCACUGGGCUGUGCCCCACAGCCACUGUCACCCAAUGAACAGGCACUACCCCCACAGCUGGAGCCAGCUUGGCCCCAGGGGCUAAGGCAUAACUCAGCAUCAGGUAGGGUUGGCCCUGCAGAGUAUCUUUCCCCAGACAUGCAACGCCAGCGAAAGACCAAGCGCAAAACCAAAGAGCAGUUGGCUAUCCUCAAAUCGUUUUUUCUACAGUGCCAAUGGGCACGGCGUGAGGAUUACCAUAAAUUAGAGCAGAUCACUGGUUUACCUCGGCCUGAGAUUAUUCAGUGGUUUGGUGACACACGCUAUGCCUUGAAGCAUGGGCAACUAAAAUGGUUUCGGGACAAUGCAGUACCUGGUGCCCCUAGCUUCCAGGAUCCAGCAAUUCCCACACCACCACCUUCAACCCGCUCCUUGAAUGAAUGGGCUGAGACACCACCUCUGCCAAAUCCCCCGCCCCCACCGGAUAUACGACCCUUGGAGAGGUACUGGGCAACCCACCAACAGCUCCGGGAAAGUGAUAUCCCUCAACUGAGUCAGGCAUCAAGGCUUAGCACCCAGCAGGUACUGGAUUGGUUUGACUCUCGAUUACCUGAGCCAGCUGAAGUGGUGGUCUGUCUAGAUGAAGAGGAGGAAGAGGAAGAGGAGGAACUGCCAGAAGAUGAUGAAGAAGAGGAGGAGGAGGACGAGGACGAUGAUGAUGAUGAUGUGAUCAUCCAGGACUGAGUGGGAGGCUGGGGAGGGGAGGUCUGUUACUAAAAGACAAACCAACUUAGUUAACUGUUUAAACAAAGAAACCACAUUAUUUUCUUUUUAACUUACCUUGUGGCAAAGAACUGAAAAACUUUGUGUUCUUGAGGGUGGGGGACAGGGAUAUAGUAAGGGUAGACCAGGGAGGAUGACCAUGGAGUACAAAACGAGGUGGGGAUCAGAUGGGCAGAAAUCUAGGCCUCCAGUCUCACUGAGGGGCUUGCUAUGGGUCUGGGAAAAGGCUCUUGCUCUUUUCAUAUCCCUGUUCUUUCACCUUACUAUUCUACAGAGAGGCUAGGCUUUGGCCCACGGCCAUGAAGUUCUGUAAAGGAGGAGGAAAGUUUCUAAUACGACCCCAGUCCCAGCAUUUUCCCCAAAUAUAAGGCUGCCUUGCACCUCAUUUCUCUCUGAACACAAGUUCAUGCAUAAUGCAGCUAAGAAUCUCAGUUAUGUCCCAGUCAAUCGCAAAUACUUCCUCUCCUCAUACCAGCUUGACUUUCUGUGUUUUCCUGCUGCUUUUUGAAUCUCACAGGGAGCAGAAUGUUUUCAUUUCUGAUACUGGGACCACUAUGCCUUGUACCUUUCCAAAAAUCCCCAUUCUGUUCACUGUUUGUCUCAGGGUAAAUCUUCCCCCCGGAGCUUGUGAAAAAGUUUAAUAAUUGGGUGGAGAAUAAUUUAGACUGGAUAUUUAUUGGAGGUGGGAAUUAGGGGAGAUGUCCUUUUAAAAAAGUAGAAUUAUAGAUUACAGAGGGGUAGAGGAGAGGGAAUGGUGUCUGCUGUUCGGGAGGACAGUCCAGAUAGAUUCCAGGUUUGGUUUUACAAACCUGACACUCCCUCCUGCCUAGUUUGACAGAAACUGAUUUUUUAAUCUUUUUGGUGUUGGUCUGUGUCCACAAAAGAGACUUUACCCCCUGUUUAUAAUAUCUGUCUUGAGGACAGAAGUCCUUAUGUUUUAGAGUGGUUUUCAUCAGUUGGGGUCAGAUAUAAAGAUAUCAGUGGGUUAACCAUCUAGAAAUAAAAGAGUGGAAGCCCCAAAUUGCUAGACUAAUAAUAAAAAGGCCAAAAAUAAAAUUGUUUCUCUCUCCA